GUGGCGCCCCUGGUGCCGCGGUGUUGGGCGAACUUGGCUGGGGCCCCUUCCCCAUCGAAGUGCAAAAGUUGCAGGCAAACUUGUUCGGGCGGCUUUCUUCCUCCGGAACGCUGCGUUCGCCCAGCCUUAGCGACCACAAGCUUUCGCAUGCGUCGGGCCGAAUCAAGUCAGCUGCCAUCUCUGGCCGCCUUCCUCCAGUGCCAUCCUGGCCUCGAUUUCUGUUCAAGCAUGCGUUGCUCCAGGUUGCCUGCGUCCUUGGUCCGCGAAUGGACGAUGGACGUUGGCCAGGUGUGGUCAACAUCCUUUCUUGGAUGGUCGCGCAGCCCGUCAUUGUGCCUUGCAACAGCCAUGCUUCUGUGGUUCCGAUGACUGGAGUGUAUGUCAUGCCUUGCCCAGAUGCCCCAUCUUUAGCUCAUUGA